AUGGCAGCAAAAUUUGUAGCGCGAGCGGUGUUUCCGCCAGUCGAGUCUCUCCCUAGAUCGUACUUCUUGGGUCAUCAUGCUGCAGGAUUGUCCAAGAUGAACACUAUGCUGUCGCAAAUUGACCUGAUCGUCGAGUGCCGUGACUACAGAGUGCCACUAACCUCUCGUAACCCUUUGUUCGAACAGAGUCUAGCAGGUCGCGAGCGCAUCAUUAUCUACACCAAGCGUGACUUGGGUAGCCGCAACAAGCCUAUUGACAGAGAGCGAGAGGACAUUAUCCGCAAAUGGCACAAGCCCUCGGAGGUCUUGUUCUCUGACCACAAAGACAAGAAAGACAUCCGCAAAGUUCUGGACUUCGCCCGUCGCUACUUCGAGAACAGCACUUCCUUGACGGGAUCCCGCAUCAUGGUCGUAGGCAUGCCCAAUGUCGGAAAGUCAUCUCUGCUCAACGCACUACGGAAAGAAGGAGUUGGAAAGGGAAAAGCUGCACACACAGGCGCACAGCCCGGAGUAACACGCAAGAUUUCAACAAGCGUCAAGAUCAUCGACAGCACCGAAGAUGGCGAGGGCGUUUACCUGCUCGACACUCCCGGUGUUUUUAUCCCAUACGUGCCGGAUGCCGAAGCCAUGCUGAAACUCGCUCUCUGCGGCAACGUCAAAGACACCAUCAUCCCGCCUGCUACUCUGGCCGACUACCUCCUCUAUCGUGUCAACCUCAUCGACCCUAGACUCUACAAAGAGUACUGUCCGCCCACCAACGAUAUCAUCGAGUUGCUUAACGCCAUCGCAAACAAGACUGGUCGCUUGCAAAAGGGUGGCGAGCCAGAUACUGAGGCUACAGCUCUCUGGAUGAUCCAACGAUGGAGAAACGGUCUAUGGGGGCGCUUCCUUCUGGAUGAAGUCACCGAAGAUGGCUUGGAGAAAAGAAUCACUGAGGAGUCGAGCAUGGGCGGCAGCAUGAACCAGGCUCGGGGAGCCGAUAAGGAGGCUCGCAGACAGCGCAACAUCAAGAGGCAUGCCGGCACCAGUGACUGA